AUGUCAUUUUUAAAAUUUCGGCUUCUCUUGUGGAAAAACUUCCUUAUUCAGAAACGGAAGCCAAUUACAACAUUCUUUGAGAUAGGACUUCCUACUUUGUUUUCAUUUUUGCUGAUGGGUUUACGCCUAAUUGUGCCAUCUAAAUCUCAUCUAAAUGUGACUGAGUGGGAGUUUAGAGAUUCCUUCAUUCUCGCAUUUAGUCCUGGAAAUGAACUGACAGAUAGAAUUAUGGAAAGAGUGAAUACAACACUUGAGAUUGGAUCAGGUGAUAAUAAUUU